AUGGAACCACCUCUGUUUGUGUUUGCAGUGCAUGUCAAAGCAGGGACCUGUGAAGUGACCGCCGCCCACCGCUGCUGCAACAAGAACAAGAUCGAGGAGAGAUCCCAGACGGUCAAAUGUUCCUGCUUCCCUGGACAGGUUGCCGGGACAACAAGAGCGGCUCCAUCUUGUGUGGACGGUACGGUCGUUGUUGUUGUUUCUUUAUUGACAGGAUUAACACCACUGUAAGAUGCAGUAUAUUGUACCAACAUUGGUCUUGUGUCACUUAGAAAUAGUGUUGUUUCAAAUGAUUUUUUUUCUCCUCGAAAUUUCAACAUUUGUGACCCGUUUAAGAAGCUAGGCGUAUUCGCACAUCACUACUUCACAGGAGAGGCAUUUUAACGUAAAAAAAAUAUAUAUAUUAUUUUGCAGUAAUUCCUUCUGGAACAUGUGAACUUUCAUGUGCCUUAAUAGCAAGCUUGUAUGCCAUCUGUAAAUAUGAAUAAAAUUCUUAAAUUCUGAGCCUAGUUGGUUUAGCCACGGAAAAAUACAGGAACCUUCCUGCUAUCCAUUAUUGGCUGAGAUAAUGGAUGGGCUGGACAUGCCGAGAGAUGAGUUCGGAAUGACCCAAAACACACAGCCAAGGCAACAAAGGAGUGGCUCAAGAAGAGGCACAUUACGGUCCUGGAGUGACCUAGCCAGUCUCCAGACCUUAAUCCCAUAGAAAAUACGUGGAGGGAGCUGAAGGUUUGAGCUGCCAAAUGUCAGCCUCGAAACCUUAAUAACUAAGAGAAGAUCUGCAAAGAGGAGUGCAACAAAAUCUUUCCUGAGAUGUGUGCAAACCUGGUGGCCAACUACAAGAAACGUCUGACCUCUGUGAUUGCCAACAAGGGUUUUGCCACCAAGGACUAAGUCAUGUUUUGUAGAGGGGUCAAAUACUUAUUUCCCUCAUUAAAAUGCAAAUCAAUUUAUAACAUUUUUGACAUGCGUUUUUCUGGAUUUUUUUGUUGUUAUUCUGUCUCUCACUGUUUAAAUAAACCUACCAUUAAAAUUAUAGACUGAUCAUGUCUUUGUCAGUGGGCAAACAUACAAAAUCAGCAGGGGAUCAAAUACUUUUUUUCCUCACUGUACAUGUCUAAACAAAAGACUCCACUAUGCAAGUAAUCAUUUCACUUAACUGUUUACACCUUCUGUAUCCUGUGCAUGUGACAAAUUAACAUAGAUUUGAUAUAAUAAAGUGUGUGUUUACCGGAGACCGUAAUAUGAAUAACAACAUGACCUGCACCAAAGUCAGAUUAGGAUAUUGGCCAAGGACUAAAUAAAGUGUAUUUUUACUACUACUUUUUGCUACUACUUUCACGACUUUUAGUCUUGAAAGCUUUGGUUGUUUACUACACUACCGUAUUCACUCUGUUUAGCACAUGGCCUCACAUUUGAAUCCUUAAAGAGAUGGGUGGGGCGAAGGCUUAAGAGGAACAAUGCUGAAUGGGUGUAGACAAAGAAGAGCUCUCCAGUAGGUGUACCAAAAAUGUCAUGGGUCAUUUUCUAAAAAGUGGGGUUACAAGUUUAUCAACUUUCAAAGCAGACUUACUUUUCCGUUGUUCCUCAACUACAGUGUAUGAUAUACCAUUUUCUAGCUCGGAGUCUCUACUUUUAUCCAAUGUAGAAAAUACAAUUUCAAAUUUUGAUAUAUAGGACCGAAUCCAGGUGAUGGGUCACAUUUUUUAUUAUUAUUAUUAUUAUUAUUAUUAUUAUUAUUAUUAUUAUUAUUAUUAUUAUUAUUAUUUAGGGUAAGAUAUUUUCUUCUACUGAUCAAUCUACUGAUCAAUCUAACCAUUUAAUUGGUAAAGAGCACUUCAGAGCAAUUGUCUCAGAGCAUUCUGUUUGUGAUCUGUUUGGGAUAUUUCAAACCGACCCAGUCAUCUUCUUAUUGAGCCAGCCAUUUGCUGUCUAUGUGCUGUCUGUCUGCUGUCUGUCUGCUGGACUAUGAGACACUAAGGCCUGGGGAUCUGCUGCACUGGCUCACUGAAGUAGAGAGGGGGGCAGGUAAUUUAAUAUCAUGUCCACAGUGGCCCCUCCGACAGGUGAAUCGAUCCCUGUCCUGUGUUCUGUACUGUAAUGGCUCUGACAGGGGCUUCCUCCCAUCUUGACACUGCUUGCUGAAGCAUUAUAAGUCUCAAGGGAAGCCUUACCCCCUACAGGCCUCCUUAGAGGCAGCUGUAGACCUUGGAGCUCUGCUCCUCUCCCACCUCCACCACACCGCUCUGUUUAUUCCCCUCCUGCCACUGUGUUCAUCGGUUUGACAUUGACCCACACCCUGUAAUACACUUCAGCCAGGCAGCCAGCCAGCCAGUCAGCUCGCAGUCAUGGAGGAUCUCUCACUACUCUACUGUCAGUCAUGGAGGAUCUCUCACUACUCUACUGUCAGUCAUGGAGGAUCUCUCACUACUCUACUGUCAGUCAUGGAUGAUCUCUCACUACUCUACUGUCAGUCAUGGAGGAUCUCUCACUACUCUACUGUCAGUCAUGGAGGAUCUCUCACUACUCUACUGUCAGUCAUGGAGGAUCUCUCACUACUCUACUGUUAGUCAUGGAGGAUCUCUCACUACUCUACUGUCAGUCAUGGAGGAUCUCUCACUACUCUACUGUCAGUCAUGGAGGAUCUCUCACUACUCUACUGUCAGUCAUGGAGGAUCUCUCACUACUCUACUGUCAGUCAUGGAGGAUCUCUCACUACUCUACUGUCAGUCAUGGAGGAUCUCUCACUACUCUACUGUCAGUCAUGGAGGGUCUCUCAUUACUCUACUGUCAGUCAUGGAGGAUCUCUCACUACUCUACUGUCAGUCAUGGAGGAUCUCUCACUACUCUACUGUCAGUCAUGGAGGAUCUCUCACUACUCUACUGUCAGUCAUGGAGGAUCUCUCACUACUCUACUGUCAGUCAUGGAGGAUCUCUCACUACUCUACUGUCAGUCAUGGAGGAUCUCUCAUUACUAUACUGUCAGUCAUGGAUGAUCUCUCACUACUCUACUGUCAGUCAUGGAGGAUCUCUCACUACUCUACUGUCAGUCAUGGAGGAUCUCUCACUACUCUACUGUCAGUCAUGGAGGAUCUCUCACUACUCUACUGUCAGUCAUGGAGGAUCUCUCACUACUCUACUGUCAGUCAUGGAGGAUCUCUCACUACUCUACUGUCAGUCAUGGAUGAUCUCUCACUACUCUACUGUCAGUCAUGGAGGAUCUCUCAUUACUAUACUGUCAGUCAUGGAUGAUCUCUCACUACUCUACUGUCAGUCAUGGAGGAUCUCUCACUACUCUACUGUCAGUCAUGGAGGAUCUCUCAUUACUCUACUGUCAGUCAUGGAGGAUCUCUCACUACUCUACUGUCAGUCAUGGAGGAUCUCUCACUACUCUACUGUCAGUCAUGGGGGAUCUCUCACUACUCUACUGUCAGUCAUGGAGGAUCUCUCACUACUCUACUGUCAGUCAUGGAGGAUCUCUCAUUACUCUACUGUUAGUCAUGGAGGAUCUCUCACUACUCUACUGUCAGUCAUGGAGGAUCUCUCACUACUCUACUGUUAGUCAUGGAGGAUCUCUCACUACUCUACUGUCAGUCAUGGAUGAUCUCUCACUACUCUACUGUCAGUCAUGGAGGAUCUCUCAUUACUCUACUGUUAGUCAUGGAGGAUCUCUCACUACUCUACUGUCAGUCAUGGAGGAUCUCUCAUUACUCUACUGUUAGUCAUGGAGGAUCUCUCACUACUCUACUGUCAGUCAUGGAGGAUCUCUCACUACUCUACUGUCAGUCAUGGGGGAUCUCUCACUACUCUACUGUCAGUCAUGGAGGAUCUCUCACUACUCUACUGUCAGUCAUGGAGGAUCUCUCAUUACUCUACUGUUAGUCAUGGAGGAUCUCUCACUACUCUACUGUCAGUCAUGGAGGAUCUCUCACUACUCUACUGUUAGUCAUGGAGGAUCUCUCACUACUCUACUGUCAGUCAUGGAUGAUCUCUCACUACUCUACUGUCAGUCAUGGAGGAUCUCUCAUUACUCUACUGUUAGUCAUGGAGGAUCUCUCACUACUCUACUGUCAGUCAUGGAGGAUCUCUCAUUACUCUACUGUUAGUCAUGGAGGAUCUCUCACUACUCUACUGUCAGUCAUGGAGGAUCUCUCACUACUCUACUGUCAGUCAUGGAGGAUCUCUCACUACUCUACUGUUAGUCAUGGAGGAUCUCUCACUACUCUACUGUCAGUCAUGGAGGAUCUCUCACUACUCUACUGUCAGUCAUGGAGGAUCUCUCACUACUCUACUGUCAGUCAUGGAGGAUCUCUCACUACUCUACUGUCAGUCAUGGAGGAUCUCUCACUACUCUACUGUCAGUCAUGGAGGAUCUCUCACUACUCUACUGUCAGUCAUGGAGGAUCUCUCACUACUCUACUGUUAGUCAUGGAGGAUCUCUCGCUACUCUACUGUCAGUCAUGGAGGAUCUCUCAUUACUCUACUGUCAGUCAUGGAGGAUCUCUCACUACUCUACUGUUAGUCAUGGAGGAUCUCUCACUACUCUACUGUCAGUCAUGGAGGAUCUCUCAUUACUCUACUGUCAGUCAUGGAUCAAAAUACCUUCCAUUCACACUCACUGACAUGUUUGUAGAAACAUAUAUAUUUUUUGUUGGUUCAGUUGUUACAGCAGUCUACUAGUGGAUGUGUCUUUUCACCGUCUUGUAAAGGUCACGCACAAACCGCAUGUGUUCCUCUCUCUUUGCCUCUUGCAGCAUCCAUAGUUGCCCAGAAGUGGUGGUGUCAGAUGCAUCCAUGUAUGGAUGGGGAGGAGUGUAAAGUGUUGCCUGAUCUGAAAGGCUGGAGCUGCAGUACUGGAAACAAAGUCAAGACGACGAAGGUGGGUGCAUAAUGUAACCAAAUGCAUCACAUGUACUGUUACACACACACACACGCACACACACAAACGUACACAAACACACACACACACACAAACAAACGUACAAUUUUGUUCCUUCUAAAGUCCAACAUGACGUAGAAUUUUCAUGAAGUAAAGGUGUUGAUUGGUCCUCUACAUAGCCAACUGUAAUCACCUACUGGUUGUGUGUCUGUACCUGUAAGGACCAAUACAUUAAAAGUUCAUAAGAUCAAAAAUGCUCAAUUCUGCUGAGAUACUGUCAAAUAUGUGUAUGUUGAAGGAGCAGUAUCUAGAGGUUGCAGUGAGAGACCCACGCACACACACUUUUCCACUUGCUUUCUUUUAUCUAUAAAACUCUCUUACAAAAACUCCAGCCGGACCUCACAUCAGUGGUUCCCAACCUUUUUCGGUUACUGUACCACCAACUGAAUUUUGCUCUGCCCAGAGUACCCCUGAUUUACCCCCUAAUGUGCAUUUUACCAGUAGGCCUAUGGCCUCAUGAGUCUUCUCAAGUACUCCCUGUGGAUAGGCCAAGUACCCCCAGGGGUCCUAGUACCCCUGGUUGGGAACCACUGCCUCACAUCCUUAAGGGGAUGGCCUUAAUUCAGGGAUGGCUACCUCUGGAAAUCCCUUUGGUGUCCUCAGAGUUGGGUAAAUCUGCUUUUAGUUUCCUUCCACCAAUGUGUAGAACAACCUACAGAGUUCCCUACAACUUGAUGUUCUGGUCCCUAUUGGGCAAUUCAAAAUGUUAAUUGAGGACCUCCUUGCUGAGGAAUGUGAUUGUUUUUCUUGAAUAUUUUAAUUAUAUUGUAUUUAAUUUGACAUUGUAUUUUAGGUUAUUUUGUAAAUUGUGUAUAUGCAGGGCUCCCUUGUAAAAUAGACCUUUGUCUCAAUGGUGACUCCCAUUCAGAUAAAGGUCAAAUAAAUAUUUACCCAUUUUUAUUUUUAUUUUCAUAUGAAAAGUGUCAUUCUGAAGUACGUAUGACAGUUUGACAGCAGGCUGGUGAUAAAGAUGAACAAUAAUCAUCUUGAAAUAGAAAAUGCAAGUCUAUGGCUAAGACGACUGUAUAUCCCAGCUCCUACAGCUGCUGAAAACAUGCCCACCUAGGAAAGCCAACAUUAUCCUUAAAGGCCCAGUGCAGUCAAAAUUCAGUUUUAUAUCAUAUUGUACAACAGCUGUUGAUACUAACACUGUAAAAGUCGGUAAACAUUUGAUCAGUGUUAAUUCCUGAUAGUUGCUGGUUGAAAAUGCAAUCUACACAGCACCUUCUAAUCAGCAGGUUUGCAUGGGCGGGAGUUUUGGCUUUCCAUGGUGACAUCACCAUGCUGUAAAUUGGUUAAUAGACCAAUAACAAAGAGAGUUCCAAACAUCUCUGCCAAUAACAGCUAGUUUUCAGUUUUCCCCUUCCCACUCAGAUCCAGACAGUCAUAGCACAAUUAUUGCUUGCUAUUUUAAUGGCAAUAAUUUACAGUAAGGUACUUAAUUGUUACCCAGAAAUUAUUAGAAAUUGAUAUAAAACGGCUGCAUUGGGCCUUUAAACAUCUCUGCCUGCCUGCCAGCCUGCCUGCCUCUCUGCCUGCCUGCCUAUCGGUGUACAGAGAACUCUUGCGCUUCCAUCUGACCCACUUGCAUUUGGCAAUGGGAUAAGAGAACAGGCUUGGGUUGGGGCCUGCCUUUGAAAAAAUCUGAGUAGUCUUGGAUGUAACUUCAAACGUCAGCAAGGAAACAAAACAGGCAAAAAAAUAGAAAAAUCCCUCAACAACAAAGAAACAGCCUGUGAAGAAACUGAGCCGUGGAGGUGGAUGCGGUGGAUGUUCAGAGCGGGAUAGGGUGACUUCCAGAGGUUAUGUGUGUCUGUGUUUGGGGUGGGGGUGGGGGAGGAAGGGGAUGUGUGUGACACAGUGGGCCCAGAGCCAUCUAUCACAGCCUGGUGUUUGACUCACCAAACGCCUGUACUUGAGCUGCCUUCUCCAUUAUUCAUUGUGUGGAGGGCCUGGGUGAGGCAGGUUAAUAAUGUAUACCCCCUCUCACAGAGGCAGGCAGGCAGGCAGGCAGGCAGGCAGGCAGGCAGGCAGGCAGGCAGGCGGGCAGGCAGGCAGGCAGGCAGGCAGGCAGGCAGAGAUGAAGGGAUGCAGGCAGAGAGGCAGGCAGAGAUGCAGGCAGAAAGAGAGGCAGGCAGGCAGAGAUACAGGCAGGCAGAGAGGCAGGCAGAGAUGCAGGCAGGCAGAGAGGCAGGCAGAGAGGCAGGCAGAGAGGCAGGCAGAGAUGCAGGCAGGCAGAGAUACAGGCAGGCAGAGAGGCAGGCAGAGAUGCAGGCAGGCAGAGAGGCAGGCAGAGAGGCAGGCAGAGAUGCAGGCAGGCAGACAUGUAGGCAGGCAGAGAGGCAGGCAGAGAUGCAGGCAGGCAGAAAGACAGGCAGAGAUGCAGGCAGACAGAGAGGCAGGCAGAGAGGCAGGCAGAGAUGCAGGCAGGCAGAGUGGCAGGAUGCAGGCAGGCAGAGAUGCAGGCAGGCAGAGAGGCAGGAUGCAGGCAGAGAGGCAGGAUGCAGGCAGAGAGACAGGCAGGCAGAGAGGCAGGAUGCAGGCAGAGAGGCAGGAUGCAGGCAGAGAUGCAGGCAGGCAGAGAGGCAGGCAGAGAUGCAGGCAGGCAGAGAGGCAGGAUGCAGGCAGAGAGAAAGGCAGGCAGAGAUGCAGGCAGACAGAGAGGCAGGCAGGCAGAGAGGCAGGAUGCAGGCAGAGAGACAGGCAGGCAGCCUGGGGUGC